UUGCAGAAUGAAAUCGUUGUAGCCGAUAAGGAUAAUCAUCGUGUGCAAGUGUUCAGCGAGCGUGGCGAUUUUUUGUUAAAAUUUGGUGAACGAGGCCGAACAGCUGGCCUGUUCAACUAUCCGUGGGGUGUUGCAGUGAAUUCGCACAACCAGAUUGCUGUUUCAGACACACGCAAUCAUCGUAUACAGGUCCGCUGUUUACUUGAAAUACCUGGAAUAAAUAGGUGUAAAAAUGAGCUGGAACAGCAAUAUGAUUAUAAAUAA